AUGGCAAAAUCCGUAAUGUUCUUAACAUUUCUUCUUUCUUUAACUCUCUUCAAUACUUUUCAAUUAGCUCAGUCUUAUUCUUCUAUUAUUAGUCGUCGUUAUGAUCGUAAAACAUUCAAUGUUCUUGAUUAUGGAGCAAUUGGGGAUGGAUCUUUUGACGAUUCAAAGGCAUUCAAGGAUGCAUGGAAAAAAACGUGCAAUUUCUUUGGAGCACAAGCAACUAUGGAAAUACCUCAAGGAUACACGUUUCUUCUCCAACCUAUUGAGUUCCAUGGCCCUUGCGUAUCCAAGAAAAUCAAUUUCUCGAUCAAUGGAAACUUAAUUGCUCCCGCAUCUCCUGAUGAAUGGGAUUGCAAGAACGAUCAUUGUCAUCAAUGGAUCGAAUUCGCUCAUAUAGAUGGACUUUAUAUCGAUGGUCAUGGUACUCUGGCAUGUCUCAAGAGACCAAGGGGUGUAAUUAUAUCGCAUUCGAGUAAUGUGCAUAUAAGCAACAUUAUGGUGAAAGACAGUCCAAAUUUUCAAAUGUCGUUGGAAGAUUCGAAAUGGGUUACUGUUAAGCAACUCACCAUAACCGCUGAUGGUGAUAGCCCUAACACUGAUGGCAUUCACAUUCAACGUUCUCAAAAUGUCAUCGUGUACAAUAGUAAUAUUCGUACAGGUGAUGAUUGUGUAUCUAUUGGUGAUGGUUCAAAGUUCAUUAACAUAUCAAGAAUCUCAUGUGGUCCUGGACAUGGAAUUAGUAUCGGAAGCUUAGGUCGGCAUGGAACCAAAGAAACGGUGGAAGAUGUUGUUGUGCAAGAUUGUACGUUUAGAAAGACAACUAAUGGGGUUAGAAUCAAGACAUGGCAGACAAAGGCAGUGGAGAUCAAGAAUGUAAUGUACAAUAACAUUUAUGGAACAUCAAUCAAGAAACCCUUUGUGCAACUCUUAUGCAGCAAAUCAUUCCCAUGCAGAGAUAUUUUCAUGAACGAUAUAAACAUUCGCGACGAAAACGAAGAAGAAGAAGAAGAAGAAGAAAAGAAAUAUCAUAAAUCCCAUCAUUAUCAUCCUUAUGCUGAAUGCAUCAAUGUUAAAGGAAUGUCUAAUGGUGUGAUGAAGCCAAAACUAGCUUGCUUGAAAUCAUUUGCCUAG